AUCAUGGGCGUCUCCAGCAUCCGUAUACUCGGCUGUUGGCCCCGGUGCCAAUGUAUAUCGAGGAGCGCCACCACCACCACAUCCGGCAGACUUCCACACCUAUCAAGGUAAGAAGAACAAGAACAUUGUAUUUCCCCUAUUUUUUCCUCUAUAUCGUACCUACCUAGCAAUCUUUUUCAUUAAAGUUGACUGCUAUGAUUGGCUGGCUGGAUAUUUCGAUUAAAAUUUUAUUGAGAGAGAAAAAAAACUUUUGGGCUACACAACACUACUGCUACGGUUACCCCACACCCAUCUCCCUGGGUUAUCCUUCUGUCCCAAUGGCUUACCCUGUACCGCCUCCGCCACCGACAGCAACAACGCGUUUUGGCUAUUGUCCUGACCAAAUGUCCUCCCCUCCUCACCAUCGUUCCUAUCACCCUGGCAGCCCCGAUUCGGAAUCCGCUUCCUCGUCCUCCAAGUCGCCUCAAACCCCGUCGGCUACUACUGCCGCACCUAAUACUAAUACGACUACCUCGGUAGACCCUGCUUCCAACAAUGCAGCAGCUGUAGCAGCAGCAGCAGCAGCAGCGGCAGUGGCGACAGGUUCUCAACAGCAUCAGGCACUUGUUACACCACUUGUUCCAUCAUCAUCACCACGAUACUCGAACCCUACAACCGAUCGUGUCAAAGAAACAAUCGCUCGUGCAAACUCGGUUCCAAUGGAGUUUUAUCACACGGAGUUUUUGGAGUACUCCAAAGAGACGUACGAAAGAAAGAUUGGAUCGCGUAACAAGCGUAAGCGACAACAACAGCAACAACAGAAAAACGAAGAAGCUGCUUCGAACAAGAAGCAAAAGCUUGAGGAAUCUUCUUGCAGCCUUGUAAAUGCUAAUGCCACUACCACUGCUACUGCUACUACCGAGGACGCUUUUGUGUCAGUAGCACCAGCAGAUGAUUUUGACGAAGAUGAUAUCAAAGACGACGAGAAUCUCAGAGGCAGCUUAGAGGAUGAAACAGAUCCAGAGCAAUUGACCAGUGCUGAACUUCGUCGCCAAAUUCACAUUCAGUCUGAACAAAAGCGACGUGCGCAAAUCAAAGAUGGCUUUGAUGAGUUGCGGAAGCAUCUUCCUGGUUGCAACAACAAAAAGAUGAGCAAGGCCGCAUUGUUGAAUCGAACCGUCCAGCAAAUGCAGCAUCUAAAAGCCAUGCAAGUUGAACUGUUGGAAGAAGUCGAGCGUCUCAUGCAAGAAAAUGAGAACUUGAAAAAAUUCCAACACGAUGUCUUUCAACGGCAAGCCAUGGAAAAGAUGUACACUUUUUAAAUAGUCCUGAACCGCUGCUGUACCUCUUGCUUUUAACAGGCUCUCAUCCAUAACUAUAUACGUACAUACCGUCUAAUUUCUAGUAUACAAAACAAAAAGACAACCACACACACACACACAACUACCUACUAAUAGUGUUGCUAUUAUUACUUACAACUCACACAUUCUCUCUUAAUAAUGGCUCUCUAUUGUUUGCCCAUAAUUUAUCGAUGGCGUUCAAUGUUUAGUCGUAUUAUUCUAUAUGAUUCCCCUAAUAUCUUUCUUUCUCUUUCACGCACACACGCACUCUUGUAAAAGUACAUACGUGGUGAAACGAAAAGAACACCUUUCCUCUUUGCCAAACCCUAUUACCCCAUUUCUCUUUUUAUGUUUUCUUUUCUUACUUUAAACUGAAUUCUUGUACUUAGAACUCUUUAAAUUAAAACUUUAACCUUGCACAAUGACAGAUAAUCGAAUCA